UCCCCAAUCCCGAAUUGUAAUUUGUAUUCUCGUUUGACGCAGACUGUAAAGUUUAAUUUCUCAUGCUUUUUCGUGUUUCCCGGUAUUUUUAGCACUUUUUCAGUUAAAAAGUGAGUUUUAUAAAUUUUCAUGAAUCGCGUGUUGUCCAGAAUUUAAACAAUGGCCGAUUUAUUGCAAGAACUUUACGACAAAUACGAAAUCCUUUCCAGUGCUAAAGACAAAAUAUCUGAGAAGUAUGUCGAGUAUACUGAAUGCAUAAACGGAACGACUGGCGGUCCUAAAGAAAAGAAAUUGGCAGCACAAAUCAUUUCGAAAUUCUUCAAGCAUUUUCCCACCUUACAAGAGCAAGCACUCAAUGCCAUCAUAAAUUUGUGUGAGGAUGAUGAUAGCGAUAUCCGUAUAUGUGCCAUGAAAGUUUUGCCCAACCUAGCCAAAGAUAAUGCAGAAUUGGUAGGAAAUAUUGCGAGCAUAUUGGGACAGUUAUUGCAACUAGAGGACCUAGAUUAUACUGUCGCUUGUAAUUCAUUAUGCAGUAUCUAUAAGCAAGAUCCAGUUGGUGCAACUAAGGGAAUUCUAAAUAGUAUACAAUCAUCGGACGAUGAAUCUUUCCGGGAAAAGGCAGUUGUAUUUUUAUUUACAAAGCUGGUUUAUUUACCGGAUAUUCAACCUCUUAGCAAGAACCCAGAAUUGCCACCCCUUCUUGUUGAAGAGGGCAAGAAGAUAAUCCAGGAUUGUACUUCAGAGGAAUUUAUUAUUAUAAUGCAGUUUUUGCUAAAAUCCAACCUUUCAAAAACAUUACAAGGACAACAAGAACUCAUUAAUACUGUGGCUGAAAAAAUUGAGCUAAAAGAGAAAUUUGAACCCACCGAAGAAGGAACUGAUAACGUUAGUCGACUAAUAUUAUGUGUUGAUUGUAUUUUACCAUUGUUUAGUGCUACUUUGGAGUCCACUCAGUUUGUUAUUUAUUAUUGCACUCAAGUCUUACCCAAUCUUGAAAAGAUAAGAAAUAUUAAAGAUAGUGAAAAGUUGCAGUUGAAACUACUGAGACAAUUAGCAUUGCUAAGCGUUCAUUGUGGAAAUGUUGAAAACAUCACAGAAAUUGUGCAAAGUGUUUUUGACAAACUUAAGGAAUAUAUGCCCCUGCCCCCAGAAGAUGUUGACCUAAACAACGUUCCACAGUUAGACUUCACGUCAGUAGAAUGCCUACUUUAUACUUUUCACAGACUGACCAGGAAGAUUCCAGAGUUUUUGACCGGCGAUCAAGAACGUUUAAAAGAUUUCCGUGCAAGACUUCAGUAUUUUUCUCGAGGUGUGCAGGGAUGCAAAAGGGGAUUAGAAAAGAAAGCAAACCCGAAACCUCAAGGUGAAGAAUUUCAUAUUCAACAACUUAUCAUUGAACUGGCACCGCUAUUGCUGAAUAAUAUCAACUCCAUUAUAAAGGAUUUGUUUUAUCAACCACCACUAUAUAAAUGCAAUGUAACAUUAUCAUUCAAGGAAGAGGAGAAGAACAAGGAAAAAUUGUCUUCACUAAAAUCGCCCACUUCACAAAAAAGACACGCUCCCAUAACCUUUGAUUCAAGCAAUGGUACAGCAGGUGCAAAACAAAUAAAAUCUACUAAAGGUGGUGAUUCCAGGAAACCAACACAAACAACUUACCAACCUCCCAGUGGUAAAUUUAGUAACAACUUCGGAAGGACGGGUACACGUGGAGGAAGCUGGAGAGGCAGCAGCCGUGGCCAAAGAGGUUUCAGAAGUGGAGGCGGCGGAGGACGAUCUUGGAGGAACUAAUUUUGUUUUCUACCCGUUUUUUUUAAAUAUUCAAUAGCACGGUAGGUAUUAUCCGGAGGUCAAGUUCUUUUCUUUUUUAUUUUAUUCAUUUUAAACUAACCAUUUUCAUGGCAUUAAAAUUAAAUUCCUUUCAAUUGAUUCAUGCUAUUAAUAUCAUGUCUUCCUUUUAAUAGCUAGUCCUAAAAAAACGAUCCUGAAUAUAUUGCAAAUUCACGCAUCAGUAAUAUUUCAAAAAUACAUUUAAGCUAUUUGAUGACUAGUAUAUUUUUUUUUUUUUGGUUUAUGAACUUUGACCUUCCGAAAUUGCUUUAAUCAGGAUUUAACAGAUGGAAAUAGUUUCUUUGAAGAUUUCGUUGAUUUACUUUUGUGAAAUGUGUUGCGUUUCAGUCUUUAAUAAAUUUAACUGAAAGUAA